CAGCAAGGUAGGGGCCAAAGACCCUGUGCCUAGCACCCAUAGUCUUCUGGGGGUGCCACCCCUAAAAUCAGCAUUCUCACCCAUCAUGUUUAACUUAAUGAAGAAAGAUAAGGACAAAGAUGGCGGGCGGAAGGAGAAGAAGGAGAAGAAGGAGAAGAAGGAGCGGAUGUCAGCAGCAGAACUGCGGAGCCUAGAAGAGAUGAGCCUGCGCCGCGGCUUCUUCAACCUAAACCGCUCCUCCAAGCGUGAGUCCAAGACACGCCUGGAAAUCUCCAACCCCAUCCCCAUCAAGGUGGCCAGUGGCUCUGACCUGCACCUGACCGACAUCGACUCUGACAGCAAUCGGGGCAGCGUCAUCCUGGACUCGGGCCACCUCAGCACAGCCAGCUCCAGCGAUGAUCUCAAGGGUGACGAAGGCGGCCUCCGAGGCUCCGUGCUGCAGCGUGCAGCCAAGUUCGGCUCCUUGGCCAAGCAGAACUCACAGAUGAUUGUCAAGCGUUUCUCCUUCUCGCAGCGGAGCCGAGAUGAGAGUGCUUCAGAGACCUCGACGCCCUCAGAGCACUCUGCAGCCCCAUCACCACAGGUGGAGGUGAGGACAUUAGAGGGACAGCUGAUGCACUAUCCUGGCCUAGGCAUCCCUCGACCCGGGCCUCGAUCUCGAGUCCCUGAGUUGGUGACCAAAAGGUUCCCGGCUGAUUUGCGCCUUCCUCCUGUGGUGCCCCCGCCAGCCCCUGCCGUCCGGGAGUUGGAGCUGCAACGACGACCCACUGGAGACUUUGGCUUCUCUCUGCGGCGCACAACCAUGUUGGACCGGGGACCCGAGGGCCAGGCCUAUCGGAGGGUGGUUCACUUUGCUGAGCCGGGUGCGGGCACCAAGGACCUGGCCCUGGGGCUGGUGCCAGGAGACAGACUGGUGGAGAUUAACGGGCACAAUGUGGAGAGUAAGUCCAGGGAUGAGAUCGUGGAGAUGAUCCGGCAGUCUGGGGACAGCGUGCGGCUCAAGGUGCAGCCCAUCCCAGAGCUCAGUGAGCUGAGCCGGAGCUGGUUGCGGAGCAGCGAGGGACCCCGCAGGGAGCCGGCUAGUCUGGACCCUGAGGCCGCCUCUCCUGCCCACAGCCAGGCCAAGACCGAAGAGCAGAUUGCAGCUGAAGAGGCCUGGUAUGAGACCGAGAAGGUGUGGUUGGUCCACAAAGAUGGCUUCUCCUUGGCCAGCCAACUCAAAUCGGAGGAGCUCAGCCUACCUGAGGGGAAGGUGCGCGUGAAACUUGACCAUGAUGGAGCCAUCCUGGAUGUGGAUGAGGAUGAUGUGGAGAAGGCUAAUGCUCCCUCCUGCGAUCGUCUAGAAGACCUGGCCUCCCUGGUGUACCUCAACGAGUCCAGCGUCCUACACACGCUGCGCCAGCGCUACGGUGCGAGCUUGCUGCACACCUAUGCUGGCCCCAGCCUGCUCGUCCUCAGCCCCCGUGGGGCCCCUGCUGUAUACUCAGAGAAGGUGAUGCACAUGUUCAAGGGGUGUCGGCGAGAGGACAUGGCACCCCACAUCUAUGCCGUGGCCCAGACUGCCUACAGGGCAAUGCUGAUGAGUCGCCAGGACCAGUCCAUCAUCCUUCUAGGCAGUAGUGGCAGUGGCAAGACCACCAGCUGUCAGCAUCUUGUGCAAUACCUUGCUACCAUCACAGGCACUAGCGCAAGCAAAGUGUUUUCUGUGGAGAAGUGGCAGGCUCUGUACACCCUCCUGGAAGCCUUUGGGAACAGCCCCACCAUCAUGAAUGGCAAUGCCACUCGCUUCUCCCAGAUCCUCUCCCUGGACUUUGACCAAGCUGGCCAGGUGGCCUCAGCCUCUAUUCAGACCAUGCUGCUGGAGAAGCUGCGCGUGGCCCGACGCCCGGCCAGCGAGGCCGCUUUCAACGUCUUCUACUACUUGCUGGCCUGUGGCGAUGGCACCCUCAGGACAGAGCUCCACCUGAACCACCUGGCAGAGAACAAUGUGUUUGGGAUUGUGCCACUGGCCAAGCCCGAGGAGAAGCAGAAGGCAGCCCAGCAGUUCAGUAAGCUGCAGACGGCCAUGAAGGUGCUGGCCAUCUCCCCUGAUGAGCAGAAGGCCUGCUGGCUCAUCCUGGCUGCCAUCUACCACUUGGGAGCCGCCGGAGCCACCAAAGAAGCUGCUGAAGGUGGACGAAAGCAGUUCGCCCGCCAUGAAUGGGCCCAAAAGGCUGCGUACCUGCUGGGCUGCAGCCUGGAAGAGCUGUCCUCGGCCAUCUUCAAGCACCAGCUCAAAGGUGGCACCUUGCAACGCUCCACCUCCUUCCGCCAGGGCCCAGAGGAGAACAGCUUGGGAGAGGGCACAGGCACCAAACUGAGUGCUCUGGAGUGCCUGGAGGGCAUGGCAUCGGGCCUCUACAGUGAGCUGUUUACCCUCCUCAUCUCCCUGGCGAACAGGGCUCUCAAGUCCAGCCAGCACUCGCUCUGCUCCAUGAUGAUUGUGGACACGCCAGGCUUCCAGAACCCUGAGCAGGGAGGGUCAGCCCGUGGAGCCUCCUUCGAGGAGCUGUGCCACAACUAUGCCCAGGACAGGCUUCAGAGGCUCUUCCAUGAGCGCACGUUCCUGCAGGAACUGGAAAGAUACAAGGAGGAAAACAUCGAGGUGGCAUUUGAUGACUUGGAGCCAGCCACAGAUGACUCCGUAGCCGUUGUGGACCAGGCUUCCCACCAGUCCCUGGUACGCUCCCUGGCUCAUGCAGAUGAGGCGAGGGGUCUGCUAUGGCUACUAGAAGAAGAGGCGCUGGUGCCUGGGGCCACGGAAGACACCCUUCUGGAACGCCUUUUCUCCUAUUAUGGCCCCCAGGAAGGUGACAAAAAAGGCCAGAGUCCCCUUCAGCGCAGCAGCAAGCCACGCCACUUCCUCCUGGGCCACAACCAUGGCACCAGCUGGGUGGAGUACAACAUGGCUGGCUGGCUGAGCUACACCAAGCAGAACCCUGCCACCCAGAAUGCCCCUCGGCUCCUGCAGGAUUCCCAAAAAAAGAUCAUCAGCAACCUAUUUCUGGGUCGAGCUGGCAGUGCCACGGUGCUCUCGGGCUCUGUAGCGGGACUGGAGGGUGGCUCCCAGCUGGCCUUGCGCCGGGCCACCAGCAUGCGGAAGACCUUCACCACUGGUGUGGCGGCUGUCAAGAAGAAGUCGCUGUGCAUUCAGAUUAAGCUGCAGGUGGAUGCCCUCAUCGACACCAUCAAGAGGUCCAAGAUGCAUUUUGUGCACUGUUUCCUGCCUGUGGCUGAGGGUUGGCCCGGGGAGCCCCGGUCUGCAUCUUCCCGCCGUGUCAGCAGCAGCAGCGAGUUGGACCUGCCCCCAGGAGACCCUUGUGAGGCUGGGCUGCUGCAGCUGGACGUGCCCCUGCUCCGUGCCCAGCUCCGGGGCUCCCGCCUGCUGGAUGCCAUGCGCAUGUACCGUCAAGGUUACCCAGACCACAUGGUGUUUUCUGAGUUUCGUCGCCGCUUUGAUGUCCUGGCCCCACAUCUGACCAAGAAACAUGGGCGCAACUACAUUGUGGUGGACGAGAAGCGGGCCGUGGAGGAGCUGCUGGAGUCCCUGGACCUGGAGAAGAGUAGCUGCUGCAUGGGCCUGAGCCGGGUAUUCUUCCGGGCUGGCACAUUGGCACGCCUGGAGGAACAGCGGGACGAGCAAACCAGCAAGCAUCUGACCCUGUUCCAGGCGGCCUGCAGGGGCUACCUCGCCCGCCAGCACUUCAAGAAGAGAAAGAUCCAGGACUUGGCCAUUCGCUGUGUGCAGAAGAACAUCAAGAAAAACAAAGGGGUAAAGGACUGGCCCUGGUGGAAGCUCUUCACCACGGUGCGGCCCCUCAUCCAAGUACAGCUGUCAGAGGAGCAGAUCCGCAACAAAGACGAAGAGAUCCAGCAACUACGGAGCAAACUUGAGAAAGUGGAGAAAGAGCGGAACGAGCUUCGGCUCAACAGUGACCGGCUAGAGACCCGGAUCUCAGAGCUGACAUCGGAGCUGACAGAUGAGCGUAACACGGGAGAGUCCGCCUCCCAGCUGCUGGACGCAGAGACAGCUGAGAGGCUCCGAGCUGAGAAGGAAAUGAAGGAACUGCAGACCCAGUAUGAUGCACUGAAGAAACGAAUGGAGGUGAUGGAGAUGGAAGUGAUGGAGGCCCGGCUCAUCCAGGCAGCCGAGAUCAAUGGGGAAGUGGAAGAUGAUGAUGCAGGAGGCGAGUGGCGGCUGAAGUAUGAGCGAGCCGUGCGGGAGGUGGACUUCACCAAGAAGCGGCUCCAGCAAGAGCUGGAGGACAAGCUGGAGGUGGAACAGCAGAGCAAGAGGCAGCUGGAGAGGCGGCUUGGAGACCUGCAAGCAGACAGUGAGGAGAGCCAGCGGGCACUUCAGCAGCUCAAGAAGAAAUGCCAGCGGCUCACAGCCGAGCUGCAGGACACCAAGCUGCACCUGGAGGGCCAGCAGGUUCGAAACCACGAGCUGGAAAAGAAGCAAAGGAGGUUUGACAGCGAGCUCUCACAGGCGCAUGAGGAAGCUCAGCGGGAGAAGCUGCAGCGGGAGAAACUGCAGCGGGAGAAGGACAUGCUCCUGGCCGAGGCUUUCAGCCUCAAGCAGCAGCUGGAGGAAAAGGACAUGGACAUUGCAGGGUUCACCCAGAAGGUCGUCUCACUGGAAGCUGAGAUUCAAGACAUUUCAUCCCAAGAGUCCAAGGAUGAAGCUUCUCUGGCCAAGGUCAAGAAGCAGCUCCGGGACCUGGAGGCCAAGGUCAAGGACCAGGAAGAGGAACUGGAUGAGCAAGCAGGAACCAUCCAGAUGCUAGAACAGGCCAAGCUGCGCCUAGAGAUGGAGAUGGAGCGCAUGAGACAGACCCAUUCCAAGGAGAUGGAAAGUCGGGAUGAAGAGGUGGAAGAGGCCCGGCAGUCGUGUCAGAAGAAGUUAAAACAGAUGGAAGUGCAGCUUGAGGAGGAGUAUGAGGACAAGCAGAAGGCGCUACGGGAGAAGCGAGACCUAGAGAACAAGCUCGCCACACUCAGCGACCAGGUAAACCAGCGGGACUUUGAGUCAGAGAAGCGCCUACGGAAAGACUUGAAGCGCACCAAGGCCCUGCUGGCAGAUGCCCAGAUCAUGCUGGACCACCUAAAGAAUAAUGCCCCGAGCAAGAGGGAAAUUGCCCAGCUAAAGAACCAGCUGGAAGAGUCCGAGUUCACCUGUGCGGCAGCUGUAAAAGCGCGGAAAGCAAUGGAGGUGGAGAUGGAAGACUUACAUCUGCAGAUUGACGACAUCGCCAAAGCCAAGACGGCGCUGGAGGAGCAGCUGAGCCGCCUUCAGCGUGAGAAGAAUGAGAUCCAGAACCGGCUGGAAGAGGAUCAGGAGGACAUGAAUGAGCUGAUGAAAAAGCACAAGGCAGCCGUGGCCCAGGCCUCCCGGGACCUGGCUCAGAUGAAUGACCUCCAGACUCAGCUAGAAGAGGCCAACAAGGAGAAGCAAGAGCUGCAGGAGAAGCUACAAGCCCUGCAGAGCCAGGUGGAGUUCCUGGAGCAGUCUAUGGUGGACAAAUCCCUCGUAAGCAGGCAAGAAGCAAAGAUCCGAGAACUGGAGACACGCCUGGAGUUCGAAAGGACCCAAGUGAAGAGGCUGGAGAGUCUGGCCAGCCGGCUCAAGGAGAACUUGGAGAAGCUGACUGAGGAGCGGGACCAGCGCGCUGCAGCUGAGAACCGCGAGAAGGAGCAGAACAAGAGGCUCCAGCGGCAGCUUCGAGACACCAAGGAGGAGAUGGGCGAGCUUGCCAGGAAGGAGGCCGAGGCGAGCCGCAAGAAGCAUGAACUGGAGAUGGACCUGGAGAGUCUAGAGGCUGCUAACCAAAGCCUGCAGGCUGACCUAAAGCUGGCGUUCAAGCGCAUUGGGGACCUGCAGGCCGCCAUUGAGGACGAGAUGGAGAGCGACGAGAAUGAGGAUCUUAUCAACAGUUUGCAGGACAUGGUGACAAAGUAUCAGAAAAGAAAGAAUAAACUCGAGGGGGACUCAGAUGUGGACUCAGAGCUGGAAGACCGGGUCGAUGGGGUCAAGUCUUGGUUGUCGAAGAACAAGGGACCUUCCAAGGCAGCAUCUGAUGACGGUAGCUUAAAGAGUUCCAGCCCUACCAGCCACUGGAAGUCCCUUGCCCCUGACCCGUCGGAUGAUGAGCACGACCCUGUGGACAGCACCUCGAGACGCCAAUUCUCCCGCAACUAUCUGAGUGACAGCGACACAGAGGCCAAGCUGACAGAGACCAAUGCAUAGCCCAGGGGAGUGGCUCAUAGCCCUCCUACCCCAUGGCCUCUUCCAGGAAUGGCAGGACAUCACUGCCCCCACCUGUCGAUCUACACGGAAAGCACCCCGACUCUCCUCUGUCAGGGGGACAUUCCAACCCGUGGGGUGUCUGACAGCUCCACGUGGAAGAGGUGGGGGAGAGAGGCGUUUUGGCAGAGAGAACUCCCUGCCUCAGAAAUGCCAUGCUCCUGGCUUCUACCCUGGGCCACCAUGGGCUGUGGCGGGUGGCCUGGCACUGCAUGGGGCCAGCAGGCGGGCCUCCAUCUUAACCCCCUGCUCAGGGACAGUGAACAGGUUGCCUGCUGGACCACUCCAGGUCGCUGGGCCCGCGGGAAGGAGUUGGGAGGGAGCAAGCAGCAACACCUCCCCUCUGAUGGGGUUAGAGCGGUCUCUUCUCAGUGCCUGCUGUCUUUUCACUUUUUAAUUUAAAUACCCAACCUCCAUCCAGCUGCGUCCCUGAGAGCGGGAGGGGCUGCUCUGCCAGCUGGGCCAGGGGGAUGCCCGGGAAUCUCCUCUGCAUCUUCAUUCCUCUAACGUGGUCCUUUCUCUCUGUAGCCUGGGACACUGGUGAACAGAGCUGGGGCCGAAUUCUCAAGAGUCAGCACUGGGGAGCGGGGCGGGAAGGCUGCCAGUUGCCUAUGUGCUAUGGGAACUCCCAGCCCCACCUACGACGUCUCCUCGGUGCGUUACGUGCAAUGACUAAUUAUUUAAGAGAAAACCCUUAUUCCACCUGCACCAGUCCACGGCCUUCCAAGCACUGCCUCCCUCCACUGUCCACAGUGUGGUCGGCAGCUCACUUGGAGCUGAGGGCUCGUGGACAUGUUGAAAAAUGGAUGCGUUUGGUCGAUACUGUUGUGUCUCACACACAAGUCCUCGCCCUGUGUCCUGAGCCUGUCAUCUCCCCAUCACCCUGUCUCUAGACACUUAUCCCAGACAGUAACAAGUAGUCUGGAGGUCCAAACCGCCCCUUGACUCCACCAGACUCGGAAGUCCAAGGGCAGUGCCUGCAGCUGCUCAUGUCUCGUGUCUCCUGUCCACUUUCCCUCCAGUUUCCCGUUGGUUUGGAUGCACUGGGCUGUGCUCUCCCUGCAGACCUGAUUGAUGUAUGGAAUAAAAGCCCUUUUCUUUCUGGC